GCUUAAAAUAGCAACCACGACGACGAGUUGAUGACUGCUUGGUCUUGAGCUUAAACAGCCAUACUCAACUAAUACUUUUCUACACUUGUGAAUUCUGCCAUGACAAAAGUAAAAAAGGGGAAUAGAAAGCGAGCGUACAAGCCGAAAACCAGUACAGGAUGCCAAACUUGCAGGAGUAAGCUUUUCGAACCUGGUGCAACCAAAAAAGUACCAUGAAUUAACAUUCCUACCAUUAUGCAGUACGUCGAGUAAAGUGCGAUGAAAAACAUCCUGCAUGUAUCAGAUGCGAGUCAACAGGCCGUACCUGUGAUGGUUAUACCCCGGCUCUCCAAAAAGCACAGAUCUCGCAGCAGGCAAAUAUCGUAGUGAACACAUCGAUUUCCACGAAUAUCCACGCAUCUCCACAGGCGCAUCGGUCAUUUGCCUUUUUUGUACAUCGUACCCGUCACCAACUAGCUGGCUUUUCCGGUGCUGAAUUCUGGGAAAGACUCGUCCUCCAAGCUGCACAUCAUGAGCCAGCUAUUCGCCAUGGUGUUGUUGCUAUAGGCUCACUUCACGAACUGUUUGAACACAACGCACCAAUACCGCAGGUCAAUCGUAUUUUCGCGUUGGAACAGUACAAUGCGGCAAUCAAUAAAUUGUUGAUUCCGAUAACUCGGAAAGAAGGACGAGGAGUCGACGUUUGCCUUAUUGCUUGUAUUCUUUUCACCUGUGUCGAGGUAAAUUGUCAUGCCAUCUUAUCACUUUACACAACUAAGCUGAACUAUCUAGAAUAUGCAAGGUCACCACCUCUCUGCACUAUCUCAUAUCCAGAGUGGCGCUAAGCUCCUUGGGCAACUCUCCUUGAUCGUCAGAAUGGAUCUAUUGAACACCAAGUGCUAG